UUCACAAUUCGUAGACAGCGGAAAAAAUUAAUUCGCGUUAUCAACAAAAAUAUUUAUUCUUUUCAGUUUAUUUUACUUUUUUCUUUAAAAAUACAUCCAAUUAUUAAAUAAAAAUAUAUUAAACACAACAAUUAAUAGUUUCUGAAGCGUCUACCAGAGAGCACAAUAAUGGAUUCGGAUAGUGACGAUGAUGGCUCCGGCUCGGGCCAAGGCGGCUUCGAUAUGACCGGAAUUCUAUUUGGUAAUAUCGAUUCUGAUGGUAAAUUAGUUGAUGAUGUUGGUAAUGCAUUUGAUCCAGAAACUAAAAAACAUCUUGCAUCGUUAUCCAAGUUUGGUUUAAAUUCCUUGUUACAUGAAGUUAUUGAAAAUGGAGACAGAAACGAAGAUACACAAUCUGACGAAGAAGAUAUGCAAAAAGAUGAAAACGCUGUUGAUUACUCGGACAUCACAGAAAUGUCCGAAGAUUGUCCUCAUUCGCCACCAAAAUCUGUUGACUUGGAUGAUGCUAUACCUGCGAGUAAAGUCACAGCUGAUGGUAUGAAAGUUGAUGACAAGGAACUGAUGCCACCGCCAAGUGCUCCGGUGAGGAGCACAUCAAUUUCGGAGGGAACUAAGCCAGGAGAGACAACAGAGGCUGAAAAGAAUAAUGAAAAGCAAAUUGAGAAAAAGUUGGAUACUCCACUGGCAGCUAUGUUGCCAUCGAAAUACGCCAACAUCGAUGUCAGAGAACUAUUUCCCGAUUUUCGUCCGGAUAAGGUUUUACGGUUUUCUAGACUUUUCGGUCCAGGAAAGCCUUCAAGUUUGCCUCAGAUAUGGCGAAGUGUGAAGAAGAGGAGAAGAAAACGCAAACAGUCCAGAGAUCAAAAGAAUCCCAAUGCUGGAUCUGAUUCAACAAGUGACUCAGAGGAACCAAAACGAAAAGGUUUUGGCUUUCAUUACGCCCCUCCACCGAAAAAAGAAAUGUGCAUGUCCGAUGAUGAGGAUAAAUUAUUGCGAAUCUCAAAUAGCGAAGAUAUCCGCAAUGAAGGCACCGAUAGUGGCGAUAACAAUGAAAAUAAACCCAAGGUGGCCGAUUGGCGCUAUGGUCCAGCACAAAUUUGGUAUGAUAUGCUGGAAGUCCCAGACUCUGGUGAUGGGUUCAACUAUGGUUUCAAAGUUCGCGACAAAAAUGCCAAAAUUGAACCUAAAGAAGAGGAAGAAAUUAAGGGUGAGGCGAUUGCCGAGGAUGCUUUUUUGAUGGUUUCCCAAUUACAUUGGGAAGAUGAUGUUGUCUGGGAUGGCAAUGAUAUUAAAGCAAAGGUUUUGCAAAAGUUAAAUUCCAAAACCAAUGCAGCUGGAUGGUUACCCUCGAGUGGUUCAAGGAUUUUUCAACCUGGCAAGACGUUACCUGUUGCUGGAGCAACACCAGGCAAAAUGCCACUUGCAAAUGCACCAAUUCAAGGAAAACAAAAGAAUUCGAUCUCAAUUCAAAAACAAGAAGCCAUUGAUGACACAUGGUACAGUAUUUUCCCUGUUGAAAAUGAAGAACUCAUCUAUAGCAAAUGGGAAGAUGAAAUAAUUUGGGAUGCUGAAGAAAUGGGAAAAGUCCCCAAACCUAAAGUUCUAACUCUCGAUCCAAAUGAUGAGAAUAUAAUUCUUGGAAUACCCGAUGAUAUUGAUCCAUCGAAAAUCAACAAAAACACUGGACCACCACCGAAAAUCAAAAUUCCUCAUCCUCACGUUAAGAAAUCAAAGAUUUUACUUGGUAAAGCAGGAGUUAUUAAUGUUCUAGCUGAAGAUACACCACCACCUCCUCCAAAAAGUCCAGAUCGUGAUCCAUUUAAUAUAUCAAAUGAUUCUUACUACAUGCCCAAGACUGAACCCACUUUGCGACUUAAAGUUGGCGGUGGCAAUCUUAUACAACAUUCAACGCCAGUUGUUGAAUUACGUGCUCCAUUUGUACCAACUCAUAUGGGACCAAUGAAAUUGCGUGCAUUCCAUAGGUUGCCUUUGAAAAAGUUUUCUCAUGGCUCUUUGGCAUCUUCCGCAAUGCACUCAGUGGCACCUUUACUCAAGCAUAUCGCCAAAAAAGCUAAACAAAGAGAACUCGAACGUAUUGCCUCUGGUGGUGGUGAUGUGUUCUUUAUGCGUAAUCCCGAAGAUUUGAGUGGUAAAGAUGGGGAUAUUAUAUUGGCAGAAUUUUGUGAAGAACAUCCACCACUUAUGAAUCAAGUUGGUAUGUGCUCUAAAAUUAAAAACUACUACAAACGUAAGGCUGCAAAGGAUUCUGGGCCGCAAGAGUUUAAAUAUGGUGAAGUGGCAUAUGCGCAUACAAGUCCGUUUCUGGGAAUUCUUCAUCCUGGACAUUGUAUACAGGCAUUGGAAAAUAAUAUGUACAGAGCACCAAUCUAUCCGCAUAAUAUUAGCAUUACUGAUUUCCUUGUUAUUCGAACGCGCAACAACUAUUGGAUUCGAGAAAUAAAUGCAUUGUUUACUGUCGGACAGGAAUGUCCAUUAUAUGAAGUGCCCGGACCAAAUUCGAAAAGAGCGAAUAACUUUACAAGGGACUUUUUGCAGGUUUUUAUAUACCGACUGUUUUGGAAAAGCAACGACCAGCCUAGAAGAAUUCGAAUGGAUGACAUCAAAAAAGCAUUUCCUGCUCAUUCCGAAAGCAGUAUUCGUAAACGUUUAAAACAAUGUGCUGACUUUAAACGUACCGGUAUGGAUUCUAACUGGUGGGUUAUAAAACCCGAAUUCCGUCUUCCAUCUGAAGAAGAAAUUCGUGCUAUGGUUUCGCCAGAACAAUGUUGUGCUUAUUUUAGUAUGAUUGCAGCAGAACAAAGAUUAAAGGACGCCGGUUAUGGUGAGAAAUUUAUAUUUGCUCCACAAGAAGAUGACGAUGAAGAAACUCAACUUAAAAUGGAUGAUGAAGUUAAAGUUGCUCCAUGGAAUACUACAAGAGCCUAUAUUCAAGCAAUGCGUGGAAAAUGUCUGCUUCAGCUUACUGGUCCAGCUGAUCCCACAGGUUGUGGUGAAGGCUUUUCCUAUGUUCGUGUUCCUAACAAACCAACUCAAACAAAAGAAGAACAAGAAUCCCAACCGAAACGUACCGUCACCGGUACCGAUGCUGAUUUGCGUCGUCUGCCUUUGAAUAAGGCCAAAGAACUUUUGCGAAAAUUCAAAGUACCCGAGGAGGAAAUCAAAAAGCUCUCCCGUUGGGAGGUCAUUGAUGUCGUUCGUACUUUGUCUACUGAAAAAGCCAAAGCUGGUGAACAAGGAAUGGAUAAAUUCUCACGUGGUAAUCGUUUCUCAAUCGCUGAACAUCAAGAACGUUACAAAGAGGAGUGUCAACGUAUUUUUGAUUUACAAAAUCGAGUUCUAGCCAGUUCUGAAGUACUUUCCACUGAUGAAGAUGAAUCUUCUGCAUCGGAAGAAUCUGAUUUGGAAGAAUUGGGUAAGAAUCUCGAGAAUAUGUUGUCCAACAAAAAAACUUCCACACAAUUGUCGAUGGAGCGUGAAGAACAAGAACGUCAGGAAUUGCUUAAGAAAAUUAUGGAAGAACGUGAGGGUUCCAAUACGAAAAAUUCGAAAGAUGAUAAAGAUAAAAAUCAGUCUCAGGGUCUUGGUAAUUCCAAUCAAGGUCGGAUUCUUAAAAUAACUCGAACAUUUAAAAAUGCCGAAGGUAGAGAAUUUACACGAGUUGAAAUAGUUCGGCGCCAACCGGUAAUUGAUGCGUAUGUCAAAAUCCGAACUACCAAGGAUGAGGCAUUUAUUAAACAAUUUGCAACUCUGGACGAACAACAGAAGGAGGAAAUGAAACGAGAAAAACGUAGAAUCCAAGAACAAUUGCGUCGUAUUAAACGUAAUCAAGAACGUGAACGACUGGCUCAGUUGGCCCAGAAUCAAAAGUUACAACCAGGUGGCAUGCCAACUAGUCUGGGUGAUCCGAAGAGUUCUGGAGGUUCAGGACCAUCUGGUCACUCGAGUAGUAAAGACAUAAGUCCUUCACGUAAGAAAUUCAAGCUAAAACCAGAUUUGAAGUUGAAAUGUGGUGCUUGCGGACAAGUUGGUCAUAUGCGAACGAAUAAAGCAUGUCCAUUGUAUACUGGAACACCAGGUCCAACGCCUUCAAUGAAUGUUGCUAUUACUGAGGAGCAAGAAGAAGAAAUCGAAAAGGAACUUAAUUGUGACGAUGAGGAUUUGGUUAACGUUGAUGGUACAAAGGUUACUUUGAGUAGUAAAUUACUGAAACGACAUGAAGACGUUAAACGGCGAACGUUGCUGCUUAAGGUUCCAAAGGAAGCUGUUGGCAAGAAACGUCGAAGAAUGGGUAGCGAAUUGCAUUGUGACUACCUGCAAAGACAUAAUAAGGGAGCUAAUAGAAGAAGAACUGAUCCACUGGUUGUUCUGUCAUCGAUUUUGGAAGAAAUUUUAAACGAACUUCGAGAUUUGCCCGAUGUUCAGCCUUUCAUGUUUCCUGUCAAUGCUAAGCUUGUACCGGAUUACUACCGGAUUGUCACGAAACCAAUGGAUCUACAAACUAUGCGUGAAUAUAUACGUCAAAGACGCUAUCACAGUAGAGAGGAAUUCCUCGCCGAUGUGAAUCAAAUUGUUGAAAAUUCAACCCUCUACAAUGGCUCUAGAAGUUCAUUUACUGCCGCAGCUCAAAGAAUGCUGAAAACAUGUUUCGAACAACUCGCUGAAAAGGAAGACAAAUUGAUGCGUUUGGAAAAAGCUAUCAAUCCAUUAUUGGAUGAUGAUGAUCAAGUUGCUCUGUCAUUUAUAUUCGAGAAGCUGCUAAAUGGCAAAUUGAAACUUAUGCCAGAAAGCUGGCCUUUCCUGAAGCCUGUUAAUAAGAAACAGGUUAAAGAUUAUUAUACAGUUAUUAAGAAGCCAAUGGAUUUGGAGACGAUUUCUAAAAAUGUUGAAGCCCACCGAUAUCAUUCGAGAGCAGAAUUUAUAGCCGAUGUGGAGUUAAUAGCUACAAAUUGUGAACAAUACAAUGGUGCUGAGUCUACAUUUACAAAGAAUGCCAAAAUCAUUUUGGACUAUACAAAGAAUGCUCUUGCAGAGUUUUCUGAGCAUUGUGCUCAAUUAGAACAAAAUAUUAGUAAAGUUCAAGAACAAGCUCGUGCUGAUGCUGAUUUAGAUGGUACUUGGGAUCAAGAUGAUCAAGAUUUUGACUUUUCACGCAUUAGUCAUUCGAGUACACCAGAAAAUGAGAAUGAAUUUGUCGAUGUCGAAGGUAAUGAUCGUCCACAAUCGGCCGCUUCGAUGAGAUCACAACGUGAAAUUGAAUUACCACCACCUUCAACAGCUGGACUGAGUGAAGUUAAACGUGGACGUGGUCGUCCACGAAAACAUCGUGACACUACCAUUGAAGAAGUCAAAGUAACCAAUGCUGUAAAACGUGGGCGUGGUCGUCCUCGGAAGGACAGCCUUACUUCGAAUCUAAGUAAUACUCAAAAUUCUUUUCUGGAAGAAGAUCUUCAAUGUUCUACGGAUGAUGAAGAAUUCGAGGAAGUUAUGACAGAAGAUGAAGCUGGUGCAGCUAUGCUCUUAGAUCAAGGUGAAGCUGGCCAACCAGAAAGUGUUAUCAAAGUUGAAGAAACCGAAAUUGGUAUUGGUCAACCAGAAGAAGGACAACACGGAGAGGACGAUAGUCAGCAGGCAGCUGAAGCAAUGGUGCAGUUGAGUGGAGUUGGCUUUUACACUCAACAGCCUCAAGAUGACUCCAUCGAUUUGGAUCCAAACUAUGAUCCAUCCGACUUUCUUAGCAUGGGUAAUCGUUUGCCAACUUCGCAGACGCAAACAGAACAGCCAUUGUCGCAGUUCUUACCAAAUAACGAGCAACAGUUCCCCGUUGAACAAGAAAGCGAUCAAAUGCAACAGAUGCAGCAACUGCGACCACCAUCAUUACAACAGGUGCCAAUGCUUAUGCCAUCUGAUAUGCCAGAUAAUGAAAAUGUAGGCAUCGAUGAGGAUCUUGCAAUUUCGGACAGUGAUGAAGAUGAAGAUAGUAAAUUUCUUAUGGCUGAAAUGGCUAAUAAUGAACCUUCGACAUCACUUCCGCUCGGAUCGAUGCCUCUACAACCACCUCAAGAUGAAGGUGGAGAAAAUAAUAUCCUGCCAAUGGAAGUUAGACCUACAGAACCUCAAGAAGAAAACGAAGAUGAUGGUCUUUGGUUUUAGGAAACUUUAGUUAUCGUUAAAAUAUGUUGUAAACGUGUUUUUUUUUUUAAUGUCAAUGUGCAAAAUGUAAAUAUAGUUUAA